CGCGCGCGCGAAGGAGCGCGCGCGGGAGCCGGCGGAGGCGCGAACGGCGGCGGCGAAGGAGGCCGAGGCGAAGGCGGCGAGGGAGAAGGUGCGAGAAGAGCGCGCGCGCGCGGCGGAGGUUCGCGCGGCGGAGGUUCGCGCGGCGAAGCCCAUGUUUCGACGACGCGCGGCGGAGCGCGGAGACGCGAACGCCACGGGGUGGAAACCGGUGAAGAAUGAGGCGGCGGAACAGCUUCGAAGCGUCGUCGAAGCGCGUCGCAUCGAGCGGCGCGAUCGCAUCGUUGAACUCACGCGAUUGAAGAGGGAGCAGGCGCGCGCGGCCGAGGCUGAAAUGCAACUUCGCGCCGCCGUCGAGCGCGAGAGACGCGCCGAGGCGGCGGCGGAGAAGCUCGCGAAGGAGCUCGCCAGGGAGCGGGCGAAAGAGGCCGAACGCGCGGAGCGGCGGGCGCGAGAGGAAGCGCAGGAACGCGCCCGACAAGCGGAGAGUGAUAGACUCGCGGAGGAGCAAGACGCGAUGGAACGCGCGCGCAGACUCGCCGAGGAACGGGAACACGCGGAGAAGCUCGCGCGCGCGCGCGCGGCGGAACGGGCGAAGAAGGAAGCCGCCGACAAGACUGCACAGGAGACGCGGGCAGCUGAGGCCGAAGCGGCCAAGGCGAAGAAGGCGCGCGACGCCGAGACGGCGAAGGCCAAGGCUGAUAAGGAAGCCGCGGCAGCGCGCGCCAGAAUGACAAAGCAAGCGGAGGAUCUGAGGCGAAAGGAGGCAGAGGCUCAGGCGCGAGCGCAACGCAUUGAAAACGUCAAGUAUCGCGUCGCCGAUGCGCUCGACAGGACUGUCGACGCCGUCGUCGAUCGCGCGUACGACGCUCGCGAUUUCGUCCGUGGUAUUCCGGCCAAAAUCAAGUUACCGGCGAAGAAGGAAAAUAAGAAAAUGGUCGCCGCCCAGCGAAAGCCGCAGCCAAAGCCUUCGCCCGAGCGCAAGCCCGAGCGCAAGCCCGAAGCGAAGAAACUCGCUCCGCCGACCAAGCUCCAGACAAAGCAGAAAACCUCAUCUUCUUGGUCGUUUUCGAUGCCAACGAUCCCGAAGUCGUCCACUGGUGCGAUCGACGUCGGAACGUACGCAACGCUGGGCUUCGCCACGUCCCUCCUCGCCGCAGCCAUGUUGUCCGUCGGCGUGCGCGCGUCCCGCAAAAAGCGCGCGCGCCGUCGCGCCGAGCGCCAAGCCAGGCUCGAAGCCGACAAGCUCCGCCAGAAAGAUCGCUGGGCCACCGCCAUCGACACCGAUACCGUCACCCGUGACGUUGCCGAGCGCGCCGAGCGCAUCGCCACAGCCGAGGCGACGUCCGGCGCGUCCGAGGACGCCCCCGACGCCGAGCGCGCCGAGCUUCAAAAGGCGUACGAUGAGUUCCUACGCGCCACCUCGGCGGAUAAGAAAUUGUAA